AUGCACCGUCGUUGGGACGGCGCCAACAUCUUCGUCCUCUACGUUGCUUGCCUGGUAAGUGGGGCGUGAUUCUUGUCACACUUAAAUUUUGAUGAAACUUGGCGCAAAUUUAGACUAAUUUUUUCAAGACAUAUAAGAUUUCUGGCUCGCGCUUUGCAGAAAAAACCGAGAUUUUGAGAAAAAAAGUUGGAAAAAUGUUUUUUUUUGAACUCUGCCAUAAAAAAUUUUAAGCUUAUUUCUACUGAUUUCAAUAAAAAAUCAAUUUUUUCUGCGCGAAACUGGCGAAGAUACGGCCAAAAAUGGUCUUCUUUCGGACCGCUCUCCGCAUUUCGCGUGCUCUCUCGGCCCGCAAAGAUCGUUUAAUUUCUCGGCGCUGCUUUCAAAUCGCGAGAUGAAAAUUUUAGGAAUUGAUAUGCGGCUUAUGCCUGACAUGUGUGAAAAGUUUCAUCAAAAUCCGAGGGUCGCACUUGGAGUACUCUCCUGUAAAUUUCGAAGGCGUAUACAACCAUUUUUUAAACCCUAAGGUACCCACAAUUUUUUAUCUGCACCUUGAGUUAUACUACUAGUCGUAUACGACCACUUUUUACACCGCUGCUACAUUUUGAACGGGUGGAAAACGCAUUUUUUGAACACGUUUUGAUUUAAGCCCCGAGGGAAAAUAUGGUCAUUAUGGUCAAUAAAAUAUGGUCAAAUAUGGUAAAAAAGCGUUUUUCAUAUAUCCGUUCCCCUUAUUUCGGUAUUCUCAUUCGUUGAAUAUCUCAGCUGCGCUUGCAAAAUGUCUAACUAAAGUUUUUAAAAAUUGAUAUGUGGCCUAGAAAAAGGGUAUGCGAAAAAAAUCACAAAAACAUGAAUGCUCCCCAAAAACUGAAUUUUACCUUUGAAGUCAAUAUCUGUAUGUAGAAAAUGUAUUUUUAUUCAUAUUCAUUUCAGAAAUGCGUUCUUGCCCAGUUCACAAUCCCUCCAAUAACCCCCAUGACUUUCCCAACUCUACCAACUCUACCAACCCUCGCUCCGAUGACAUUCCCAACCCUGCCUCAGCUGGGUGGUCUGCAGCCAAUCACGGCGCCCCCAAAUCUUCCCACAAUCGCCACUGCAGCGCCAGUUGCAGAUCCCGUUGCAAACAUGGCUUCUUCAACGUCUUCAACGUUGUCGCCAGCUAUAGGAACUCCAAUCACCUUGCUUCCCGGUAGCGAUACAACUGUUUCUCCGUUGUUUACUCUGCCUACUAUUCCCGCGUUAUUACCGGUUACAACGACUAUUGUGCCUUUGGCUGCGACAACGUAUACGCCGCUUAUGGGGAUUGAUGGGAAAUAUCAGAUAAAAGUAAGCACAGUGGCGGACCUGAUCCAGUGGCCAAAAACAUACCGUUUUGAAUCCGGGAAGUAUCAAAAAGUGGCAAAAUACCUCCAUUUCCAAGUGACAGACUCCGAUUUCAAAAGCGCACCCGCUCUUUUUGUGAGGGUGCAAAAUGGCACGUUUUUUGCCACUGGAUCCGGUCCCUCUGUAAAUGCAAAAAAACUUAUGGAAAGAAUACCAGUCUGUCGGGAAAAUAAUGAGGGCAAUGUCGCUGCGCCGAUCGUGUCUCUGAAGUGAAAAGAGCUUUGAUUUUGGCGCGAGACAAUUAAUUUUUUUCGGCUGCGAUUGUCACGGCGACAGAACGCUCAUUAUUUUCCCGACAGACUGAUAUUUCGUCCACAAAAAUAUGACAUUUUCAGGUUGGUCUCCUCUUCCCCAACAACACUCUCUAUGUCCGCCAAAAAGAGGGCUUCGGCCAAUCGGCCCCAGCUCUCUCCGUGGCCUUGGAUCGGAUCCAAUCGGAAGGAUUGCUGGCCAAUGUCAACAUCUCAUUCGUCUGGUACAUGGACGAUUGCUCGUCAACAAAAGCGGCCGGAUUUGUGGCCCGGUUGAUCAAUGUGGACAAGGUUUCGGCGAUUCUCGGACCUCCUUGCUCAGUUAGUAAGUUUGUUUUCGGAAUUUGGGAUUUUAAAUAGUGAUCAGAGCUGAUAAAUAUUUGUUUUUUUAGGUGCAUUAGCAGCGGCGUCCGUGGCGUCGUAUCAAAAUUUACCUCUGGUUUUGUGGGGGGCUGGAGUGUCCUCACAAUUCCUCAACGUCGAAAGCUUCCCGUCGCUGAUGAGUGUCGUUACCAACACAUUUCCGUAAGUUCGCAGCGAGCUGUUGCGGUGAUUUUACAUGGCUGGAAACUUUUGAGUCAUCCUAAUAAGAUUUCCCAGAAGUCUUGCAAAUUUUUGGACCCGAAAAUUAAAGUCCCAUUUCGAGGGCCUAAAUCACUGCACUCCUUAAGCUUUGAUACUGUUAAAACCGCCAAUUCUUACACUUAAAAAUACCUUAAAAAUUUUAACCAACCAGAUGCCCUACGGGAUAAUAAUUGAAAUUCUAUAAUACCAUCCCCUUCUGAGAAGGGCUAAGAAAAAAGUUUGUUCUUUGGUGAGACAGUUGGACUUACAAUUAGCUCCUCAUAUACGAUUUAGAAGCGCUUUGUCUGAGCUUCAAACACGUAUCCAACAUACCCCGUAAUGCGUUUUAAAGUUCACAGGAAUUCGCUCAAAUCGGCGACCCAAAAAUUUGCAAGACUUACCCUAAUAUCAGUCUGUCGGGAAAAUAAUGAGCACUCUGCCGCGUCCAAAAUCGCAUCAAAAAUGAAUUGCAUCGCAAAAAAAUCGAUUUUUUUUCUCUUCAACGACAUGAUUGGCACAGCGACAUAGCUCAUUAUUUUCCCGACAGACUUUUCAUAUUUUCUUUUUCAGCAUCGGUUUCGCUAUCAACGCUCUGUUAGGUUAUUUCAAGUGGACCGAGUUUGCCCUUCUUUACUCAACGUAUGAGUAUCUGAGUUUCUGCAACGAACUUCAAAUGGAUAUAGAGGUUUGUCAAGCUUUCUUAUCAGUCUGCCGGGAAAAUAAUGAGAAUUCUGUCGCAUUAAAAAUAGCAUGACCGAUGAGAAAAUGAAUGGUGUCAUCAUUGCUUCAAUUUGUUUUUCAUUUUAGCGACGCGAUCCGCGUAGCGACAUUGUUUCAUUAUUUUUUGUUCUUCCGGCAGACGAAUACCGCGUCCCGAGUUUUCGGGUAGCAACAGUUCGGGUCAGCAUGCUGUGGAUCGUGUCGGUUCGUUGUGUGCAUGGGGGAGGCUAGGAGAAUGCUGAUUGUUGGUAAACAGAAACAAUAAGAUUGAUUGGGUCCUAGGAUGGCUUGGUAACUAUUUUGAGGUGACAUGCGGUCACAUCCGUAAUAUUUAGAGUUGUAUGAAUGGAGGAGGCUAGGAGAAGGCUUAGUGAGUAGAAAUAAUAAGAUUGAUUGGGUCCUAGGAUAGCUUAGGACCUAGUUUGAUGUAUUUUACAUGUACUCACAUCAACAACAUCAAGAUAGAAGUCACGGAUCUUAAUUUUUUGCCCUCAAAUUUUGGUCUUUUAUUAUAUGUUUCAAUUACUCAGGGUAAUGAAAACUAACGUUAGUAAUAGCUACAAAUAGAAAAAGUGGGCAUAUUGAAAAUCUUCGCCAAGUCUCCGCCGACCCUUCAACAACCAUCCAGCGGAUUUGCAAUGCCUCGCAGGACUUCCUAAAACCUUUUUUUGGGUGUCUACCUGCCCUGCGCCCCGUGUCAAUCAAUUUUCUGUUGGCCCGGACUGUCGCUGAAGUCUUAGCGCCGAUAGAACCAAUCAUCAUUGAACGUACAGCGGGGGAUCUGAUCCAGAGGCAAAAACGCUCCAUUUUGCAUCAUGGGAGUAUCAGAAAAUGUAGUAAAAUGACUCCCCUCCAAGUGAAAAAACUCAGAUUUCAAAAGCGCGCCCGCUCUUUUUGUGGGGAAAAGGCGCACCCUUCAAACGAAGCUUUUUACUUGGAGAGGGAGGCAUUUUGCUACAUGUUUUGAUACUUCCCGGAUAUAAAAUGGUACGCCUUUUGUCACUGGAUCAGGUCCCCCACUGUAUUUUGCAAUUGUUAAAUCUUCAGAAAGCAAUUCAAGUGAGUGGAUCCGGCGCCUACAUCUCGUACCGGCAUUACAUGAAGCCAAAUAGUCAAAACUAUCGGACUUAUCUCCGGAAGAGCAAACAGCUCGCAAGAAGUAGGUUAUUCUUGUCGUAACACGGUGGAAAAUCGAUCAUAUUUUACAAACUAUGUUUUGUAAAAUGCUUUGUUAAUAAUACCAAAUUUCAGUUUUUGUCGUGUGCACUGAAUUCGCCAACGAUCAGCGCGAUUUCAUGCUGGCGGCUUAUGACGAAGGGAUGGCGACGGACGAAUAUGUCUACAUUUUUACUGCACUCGCCAACUACGGAAUCCAAACGAAUGGGGAGAGGCAAACAAAAAAUACGGACGUCUGGAGAAAUACCACAGCCAACGAUGGAAGAGAUGAUGAUGCAUAUCAGAUUGCUAAGCGAUCGUUCACGGUGAGUAUUACUAGCUACAGUGAGGGACCUGAUCCAGUGGCAAAAAACGUAUCAUUUUGCAUCCGGGAAGUGUCAAAAAUGUGGCAAAAUGCCUCCAUCUCCAACUAAAAAAAACUCCGUUUGAACUGCGCGCCCUUUCCCUCACAAAAAGAGUGGGCGCGCUUUUGAAAUCGGAGUUUUUUCACUUGGAGAGGGAGGUAUUUUGCUGCAUUUUUGAUACUUCCCGGAUGCAAAUGAUACGGUUUUGGCCAAUGGAUCACUGUAUGUAUCAUACGGCAUGACUGAACACAGAGUAAUUUCACUGUAUUUUCACCACAAAAGGAUGAUGUUUUAACAUAAAGAAUUGAUUUCUAAACUGGCAAAGAUAUGGCCAAAAAUUUAUUUUCUCUCUCGGACCGCUCUCCGCGUUUCGCGUACUCUCUCGACCGCAAUACUUGUUGAAUAUCUCAGCUAUAACAGCAAAGCGCGGGCUAAAACUUUCAGGAAUUGAUACAUGGCCUAUGCCCAGAGAUUGCCACGGUCAAAAUGUCGGCUCCGGCUCCGGCUCUUAGCUCCCAGAGCCGGAGCCGAGGCCAAAUUUUCAGCUCCGGCUCCGGCUCUUGGCUCCGUGCAAAAUUUAAAAAGGCCUCCGGCUCCGAAUCCCGGCUCCUAUGCAAAAUGUUUUUUUAAAAAUAUUUUUCCAAAAAUAAAAGCUAUUAGUGCCAGAGAUCAUACAGCCAACGUUUCUGCAGUCAAGUCACAUCCUCCGCAGUGUUUUUCAAGCAAUUUGGUUUAACAAGAUCACGAAAUUUUUACAUUUCUGACCGCUGGGAAGCCUGGCUCCGACUUUGGGCUCGGGAGCCGGAGCCGACCCCAAAAUUUCCGGCUCCGGCUCUGGCUCCCGGCUCGGAGCCAGAGCCGCUCAGAGCCGGAGCCAAGAGCCGGCUCCGGAGCCGUGGCAAUCUCUGCCUAUGCCUAAAACACAUGAAAAAUCUAAAGAAAAUCCGAGCGAUGAACUUGGAAUACUUCCUCUGUUGUCUUCUUGUCCAUCUUCCAUAUUGGCGGACCUGGUCCAGUGGCAAAAAAUGUCCCAUUUUGCUUCUGGGAUGUAUCAAAAAAUUUAGCAAAAUACCUCCCUUUCCAAAUAAAAAAACUCCGUUUUGACGGCACACUUUUGAGACCGGAGUUUUUUUACUUGGAAAGGGAGGUAUUUUGUCACAUUUUUUGAUACUUCCCGGAUGAAAAAUGGUACGUUUUUGCCACUGGAUCAGGUUGGUCACUGUACGUGGGCUAUGCUUAAAAUGUAUGAGAAAUCUGAACAAAAUCUGAGCGUCGUACUUGCAACAGUUCCCUUAUUUCUAUGUACAAGGAUGGACAAUGUCUAUAUUUUAAUUUUUCAGCUUGAUAUUGCAAUUUCCAACGAACAAGUGGUCCAAGAAUUCCUGACCAAAGCCAACGACCGAAUUGGGAAGGAGCCGUUCUACUGCGAUGCCCAAUGCAUGGGCUGGCCACAUGGGGUAUGAAUUUCUACCAGCUUGCAAAAUAUGCUGCGCAAACUUUUGAUUAUUCAAUCGAAUUCUUUUAGAUCUCAUCUUAUGCUGGGUUCUUGCACGACGCGUUGUACGUCUACGCCAACGCGCUGAACAAGACAAUAACGCAGAGACGGAUAAGUCAAGUGUCGAAUGGAACUUUGAUGACGGAAAACAGUCAAAUCCAUUUUGAUGGUAAGCGUUUUCUUUUAAAAUGAAGAAGAAGACUUCACAACGUAUUUUACAAUGCAAGCAAGGUCUUGUUUGUUUUUUAGGGAUCUCCGGAAAAGUAAUCAUGUCAAAAAAUGGAACAAGAAUUCCAAGCAUUACCGCAUAUGGACUAGAUACAUCAAGGACCGCGCAAGCUCUUUUGGAGAUCAAUAUAACCGGAAAUAAUGAAGUAGUAAGUCAAUCAAGGGCUCAGUUUCCUAGAGAGAAAGAUCGUUCCCUACUUUUGGGUCAGCGGCAGUUCGGGUCAACACAGAAUCGAUUGAUACGGGGCGUAGGGCAGGCGAAUGCCCAGGAAAAGUUGUGAGAAGUUCCUGGAUGAUCGGCGGACGCUCGGCGAAGGCUCGGCGGAGACUUGGCGAAGGCUUGCAAUAUGUCCACUUUUUCUAACUUUAGCUAUUACUAACGUUUGUUUUCUUUACCCUGAGUUAUUGUAACAUAUACAAGACCAAAAUUUGCGGCAAAAAACGAAGAUCUGUAACUUUUCACUUGAUGCUACUGAUGUGAGUACAUGUAAAAUACCUCAAAAUAGGUGAUAAUCUAUUAUCCUAGGACCCGGCCAAGCUUAUUAUUUCUACUAACUAAGACUUCUCCCAGCCUCCCCCAUGUACAUUACAAAAAACGACGCUAUCCCUAGCACCGUUGACCCGACUUGUCGCUGACCCGAAAAGUUGUAGCGCCAGCAAAAUAAACGUGGAUAUUUGUACCUCAAAGCUGUCUUUGAUCACACUCCUUGUCUUGGGACUAAUAAAGCCUAACAAAUAUCCAAAACUUCAGUCGAUCGUUCCCCUCGUCGAUGAGUCAGUGAUGUGGGCUCAACGUUCCGACCACCAAAUGCCCCUGUCGCGGCCUCUUUGCGGAUUCUCCGGCAACGAAUGCCCCAUGAGUAUUGGCGCCUACAUUGGAAUCGGAGCCGCCCUAGUCGCGCUAGUCCUACUUGUCAGCGGCGGCGUUGCUUUGUAUUUUUUACGGGAGCGCCUUCGUGAGCAGAAUCAAUCCAAACUCGAGUGGGACAUACCGUAUUUGUCGUUGAAGAAGGUGGAAGAGGACACUCCGGAGGCCAUCAAAAGUAUGCGCUCCAUUGCCAGUGUACAGAGCAAUGGGAGCAAGACGAAUGUUAGUGAGAAUUUCAACGAGACCGAGACUCACUGCUUCUUUAUGUAUCGGCGGAAUGUGGUGUUUGCCAAUAAGCAUCCAGUGCGAAUGAGGCUGAAUAAGCAGGACGUUCAAAGGAUUAAGACGGUAGGUCAGGAAAGUGAAGCCUAGCGACGGUUUUCUCCAUGUACUGUGACGGAUCUGAUCCAGUGACAAAAAAUGUGCCGUUUUGCAUUCGGAAGUAUCAAAAAAUAUAGCAAAAUGCCUCCCUCUCCAACUAAAAAACUACGUUUUGAAGGGAAAAAAGAGCUUUUGAAAUUGGAGUCUUUUCACUUGGAGAGGGAGGCAUUUUGCUACAUUUUUUAACACUUCCCGGAUGCAAAAUGGGACGUUUUUUGCCACUGGAUCAGGCCCGUCAGCUGGGAAAUCGUGUCUUUUUUGUUCCUUCGCCAAAAAAUUCGUCGAGAUCGCGGAAUGACUAUGCUGACUGCCAACCUUUCUCAAAGUGGUAGAGCAUAAUAUGGCGAAUAUGAGUAUGGUCUUCGACACGCAUUUUAUUAACCAAAUAAAAAAAAUAAUUAUUAUAAAAAAAUUUAACAGAACGCGAAUUUUAACUAAUCAAAAAUGCACCACUAAAACCGCCGGAUAUAUUUGAAUCCACCUAAUAGUUUUUUAGUUGUUGAGGGAAGCAUUUCGCUACAUUUUUUGAUGCUUACCUGCAAAACGGUACCAUUUUUCCACUGAGUUAGGCCCGUCAUUGCCCAUUUUUUUGGACACAGCUCGGCGUCAAAAAGCUAACUUUGGAGCAAUAUACACUCAGAAAUAUUCCUUUAUCUGUUCUCUUUACGUAAACGGUAUUAUAUGUGCGAUGUUGUUUAUAGCUCCGUCAAUUCGAUCACGACAACGCGAAUCGUUUCUUGGGGAUCUGCAUGGACGGCCCAAUGAUGUAUUCGUUGUGGAAGUAUUGUCAACGUGGCUCUUUACAGGUAAUCAUCUUAUACAAUCAUUUUGUUUACAAAAAGAAAAACUAACCAUCACGUAUUUUAAAAGUGACUUUUUCCACAGUAUAAAACGCACCUCCAGAGAAAAAAAUAAGAGCCGUAAGAACGAAUUUUCAGGACGUUCUCAGUAAAGAGAGCUAUGUGCACGACCAGUUCGUAAUGUUCGCGUUGAUGAGGGACAUCUGCAACGGCCUUUUGGCCAUUCACAGCUCGGACAUUGGAGUUCAUGGCGCCUUGAAUUCAAUGUGUUGCUUGAUCAGCGAUCGAUGGCAAGUCAAAAUUGGGAAUUUUGGACUUGGUCCAAUCAGAGACCAGCAGCCGAUCAAACGGAAAGGUGAGGUAUUGAAGAGACGUCGGGUAAAAUGACAUGAUGUAUGAUUUCACUUCAGUGACGUGCAGCGGCGAAAUCGUGCUCAUUAUUUUACUGGACAAAGUGACAUCUUCUGCAUACAUACUCUGUUGGCUGUAAAAACCUCUGAAUUUAAAGAUGAUACCUUCAAAUGAUGACUUAGCAUGCAUAGCAGAAGAAGCAUAGUUUUUAAGCGAUUUAGAAGCGAUAUAACAUCAUAGUCGUCCCCAGCGCAAAUUAAGAAAAAGAAAAAUAAAGCAAGAUGUCGAUAUUUUUUUAUCAUUUACACUUUUUCAGAAUACCUCUGGAUGGCGCCCGAGCUAAUCCGAGUCGACGAUCGGCACGGAAAUCAACCCGGCGAUGUCUACAGUUUCGCGAUUAUUUGCUCGGAAUUGUUAAAUCGCGAGAUUGCAUGGGAUGCGACGGAGAGCGAGGACGAUAUCGAUGGUAUGUUCAAUACAUCCAUAAUUGAUUACGUACUUUUUCAGAGAUCAUUUACCGUCUAAAACGAGGCGGGAGCACUCCAUUCCGACCAAAUAUUCACCCGCCGGACGAAGUGGACAGCAAUAUUGUAAGUUGGGAGGAAGAGGGCCGGGAUACAGUGACGGACCUGAUCAGUGACAGAAAAUGUAUCAUUUUGCAUUCGGUAAGUAUCAAAAAGUGUAGCAAAAUGCCUCCCUCUCCAACUAAAAACUCCGUUUUGAAGGGCGCGCUUUUGAAAUCGGACUAUUUUCACUUGGAGAGGGAGGCAUUUUGUUACAUUUUUUGAUACUUCCCUGACGUAAAAUGGUACGUUUUUUUUUGCCACUGAAGGAUUCUCUAUGGUAGAAACAGAUACGAAACUUUUUAUGUGAAAGUCAAGAGUGUCGCCGACUUUCGAUCCAAAAAUCUCCGUCGUCUCUGCAAAAUGCGAAUUAACAGUCUCGUAUAUAUCUGACAAAAAAAUUGGUCUAAAUGUGUGCCAAGUUUCAUCAAAAUCUGAGUGUUGCACUUGAAGCACUUACACUUCCCUUGUAAAAUUUUUUUUGUGAAAAAUAGAAAAAUAAAAGUUCAUCCAAGAAUUCGUAUUUUAAAAAGAGAAGUGUCUUUUUCCUUCUAGAAGUUAUUUUUUAUUGUUUAGGUCCUUCUAAUCAAGGACUGUUGGGCGGAGAAUCCGGACAGUCGACCGACCAUGGAGAAUGUCAGGGUAAUGUUGAAACAAUUGCUCAAAAAUAAGUGAGUUUCUUUCCAGCUGUUAUUAAACUAUCCUAAAAACAAAGUGCAUUGACGUAUUUUACAGCAAACAAAACCUCAUGGAUUAUGUGUUUUCGAUGUUGGAGAAUUACGCCGGCUCUUUGGAGCAAGAAGUCGAACAAAGGACAAGAGAAUUGACCGAGGAGAAAAAGAAAAGCGACAUUUUGUUGUAUCGACUGAUGCCUCAGUAUGUUUAUUCUGCCAAAUUUUAUAGAAUCAGCCAAAUUUUCGAAAAAAAACUUGAUGUUUUCGUGUCGGGACCAAAAAAUGGGAAAAUUCGGAAAUUACUGGGUCUCACCGCGAAAACAACUGGAAAAACUGAAAAAAAUGUGUGUUCUGUACAUGGUAGAGCUUACAACAUUAUUUUCAAAUGUUUUCGUGGUGAGACCAAGGGUUUAAAACAAGUUUAAGAGAAAUGUUGGGUCUCAGCACGAAAACUCCCAGAAUUAAGCAAUAUAAAAACUUUUUGAGUGAAUCUGAAUUUUCAGACAAGUAGCCGACAAAUUGAAGCUGGGAGAAGUUGUUGCGCCCGAAAGCUUCGAUAUGGUUACUGUAUUCUUCUCUGACGUCGUGUCUUUCACUACUUUGGCUUCCAGAUGUACUCCGCUGCAGGUAGGGGAAAUUGGAGUGCUUUAGAAUGAUUUAUAAGGCCUUCAGAGAGUUCUAAGGCGUAUUGUAUACUUAUAAGAGCUAUAAUACGUGUUAGGCUUUGAAAUCACAAAAAAUAAAAUUUUUGGACUAAAAGUUGGUCUUAUAAACAAACGUAGUUUUUUCUGACAUAUUUUUUUAACAGGGGUUGUACCGCAAGUGCGAUGGUUAGAUUUUGAUGAAACUUGGGGACAAAUUUAGAACGACUUUUUCGAAAAAUAUUUGCGAGAAACCUUACUCGCGCUUUGCAGAAACACCCGAGAUCAUUAGACCGAAAGUUGGCGAAAAUUUGACAAUUUUUGCCGAAUUUCGGUAUGAAAAGUUUCAUUCCAUGCCUUCAUAAAAAAAUCAAUUUUUUCCCGCACGAAACUGGCAAAGUUAUGGUGAAAAAGUGUUUUUCUCAAUGCUAUCCACGUUUAGCGUACUCUCUCGGCGGCAAAGAUUGUCCAAUAUCUCAGGAGCGCUUGCAAAACGCGACCUAAAACUUUGAGGAAUUGAUAUGUAGUCUAUGCCGGACAUGUGCACAAAAUUUUAAUAAAAUCUGAGCGUCGCACUUGGAGAGACUUCCCUUGUAAGGAAAGUAUUAAACUAUAGCCAUUGGGGAAGUAAUCUAUUCGAUCCUUCAAGCUUAGAACUUUGUAAUGAGUCCCCUUUUAGGUGGUAAACCUCUUAAAUGACCUCUACACGAAUUUCGACGGGAUUAUCGACAGUUGUGAUGUUUACAAAGUCGAGACAAUUGGCGAUGGCUACCUUUGUGUGUCGGGAUUGCCCCGGCGAAACGGCGAUCUUCAUUGCAAGGAGAUUGCCAACAUGUCCAUGGCAUUUCUGAAAAGUCUUUCCACAUUUCGCAUUGCUCAUCUGCCAAAUGAGAGGAUCAAUAUCCGAAUUGGAUUUCAUACAGGUAAAGCGUUUGCAUAAAUUUAUAUAUAGUAUAUAUUUAUGGCAAAUAAUAUUAUUAUUGCAGGGCCAGUGGUCGCUGGGGUUGUUGGGCUGACCAUGCCGAGAUAUUGUCUGUUCGGCGACACUGUGAAUACGGCGAGUCGGAUGGAGUCGAAUAGCAAACGUAUGUGAUUUAUAUUGGUAUUUUUAUAUCAGUUUGUCGGGAAAAUAAUGAGUGGAAUGUUGCUGCGGCAAUCGCGUCGCUGAAUUGAAGAGCAAUUUGACUUUGUUGGGAGACAAUUUUUUCAAAAAAAAAAUUUAUAAUGCGACAGAGUGCUCAUUAUUUUCCCGACAGACUGAUAAUCUGCAUGAACAUUUUUCGCGUUCGCACAGUGCAUCGCGAAUUCUUCCAAACCUUGUCGCCAGCGCACAGUGCAUUUUUCUUUUUCCGCACAGUGCAAACUUCAAAAAGGCCGCUUGCACUGUGCAAAUUCCUGACGCCGACGCAGCGACUUUGCUGAAACUUUCGGGUGUCGCAGCGAUAUUUAUAGUUAGACGCACAGUGCAAAGAUCAAAAAAAAGGUGAAAUGCACGGUGCAAAGCAGUGUUUUUGUGCACAAUGCGGGCCGCGAAUAAUGUCCAUGCACUUUAUGAAAAUACAUACCAUGAAUCUGUCGGGAAAAUAAUGAGGACACUGUCGCUACUUUAAUCGGGUCGCUGAAGUGAAAAGAAAUUUGACUUUUGCCGCGACACAAUCUAUUUUUUUAAAUUUUUUGCGUGAGGCGAUUUUCUAUGCGACAGGGUGCUCAUUAUUUUUCCCGACAUACUGAUAACACAUAUUUCAAGGCGUCAAAUCUUUUGUGUACUCUCCAAAACCCCAAAAAAACCUCUCACUUUCAGCCGGUCGAAUCCAUAUUUCCGCCUCCGCCAACCACUAUCUGUCCGAGAUUAUCGGCGGCUAUGCGACCGAAUCCCGCGGCGAGGUGAUGAUAAAGGGCAAGGGAUUAAUGGAGACUUUCUGGCUUCUGGGGAAAACAAAUCCCCAAGGAGUAAUCGUUGAUGCCGUCCCCGACCCACCGGAUCCGGAGCAAUUGAAGGCGGUGGCGGAUGUUCCGUUGAUUUCUCCGCACAUGAUUGCGAAUCCAGCCAUCGACUUGACGAAGAAAAACUCAGAAGUCGAUGUGGGAGAUAUAACUCCGGAAACGGCGAGGGCUAAUGAUGUAUUUAGUGAGAGAUUGUGA